AUGAACAUUUAUGUCUGCGCGUCUCUUCUGGUGCUGUGCUCGAUAUCGUCGUGUGUCGCUGCGCGCGAUGAGGAGUCUACGUAUCUGCACAGAUCGCCCAGAAGCGCAGACACUCCCGCUCCCGUAGACUGCAGGCUCGGUCCAUGGUCUGAUUGGACUCAGUGCUUUCCAUGCCAAGGUAGCAAACAGCGGUACCGGAACCUGGCUCAGCCCGCCAAAUAUGGAGGGAGAAUCUGUGUCGGCACUCUCUGGGAAUCGAUCAUCUGCCAGUCCUCGCAGAAAUGCGUUCCGGAGAACAAAUGCGGCAAAGACUUCCAGUGUGAAGAGACCGGUCGGUGUAUAAAGAGAGAACUUGUGUGCAAUGGUGAGAACGAAUGUCGGGACCUGUCUGAUGAAAAGGACUGCGAGGAGUCGGAGAGCAACAACCUCUGCAAACAACUUUACCCGAUCCCUGGUGCGGAACGAGCCGUCAGAGGGUUCAACAUCUUGACCCAAGAGGAUGCCCUGAUGGUUCUGGAUCCCACUUAUUUCGGUGGCCAGUGUGAAUACGUCUAUAACGGAGACUGGAGGGAGCAGAGAUAUGACCCGACCUGCGAGCAGAUGUACUAUGGCGAUGAUGAGAAAUAUUUCCGAAAACCCUACAACUUCCAGGUGUACCAGUUCCUGACCCGAGCCGACACUGACAUGUCCUUUGAACUCUAUGAAGAUUCUAAAGACCUCUUGAACGCCAUUAGGAGAGAGAGUUCGUCUGGCGGUGGGGCCAGCAUCAACAUACGUCCGGCUGGGUCUCCUGUUGGUGUUGGUGUUGGUUUCAAUGUGGGGAGUAAAUCUGACUUCAUGAAAAAUAUAUCGAGUUACACAGGAAAGAAUCUGCAGUUUGCACGACUGGUCACAAAAGUGGAGACGGCCCGGUUCCGGAUGAGGAGAAAUUCGCUGGUGCUGGAUGAGGACAUGCUGGUGGCCUUAAUGGAGCUUCCCGACACCUACAACUACGGGCCGUACGCCAGAUUCAUAAAUGACUACGGCACACAUUUUGUCACCGCUGGGACUGUGGGUGGCAUACUGGAGAAUGUCCUUGUUUUCGAUACGGAAGUAAUGAAGAAAAAAGAUAUAACCUACAGUAUGGUUGAGAACUGUAUUGGUAGUCACGUGGGGAUCACCUCGACUAUCCCUGAUUCAGGCGUUGAACUAGGUCUGACUCUAAAGGGAAAGACAUGCAAAAAAUUGGAAGCGGAGACACAAAACGACGGCUCAAGUGAAAGUUCCAUAAAAGAUGUCAUCACAUUUGUAAAAGGAGGCGACACGGGAUCAGCUGGGGGGUUAUCGAAUAUAUUUGAUGGGACCACGUAUCGUUUCUGGGGCCAAUCCUUAAAAUACAGCCCUACCGUCAUCGAGUAUGAGCUGCUGCCCAUACAUGAAGGCCUGAAAAUGACGGAUCUUUCGGGCAUCGAGGCAAAGAGGCAGAAUCUGAAGAAAGCCUAUGACGAGUUCCUGAGCGAGUUCAAUUCCUGCCGCUGCGGCCCUUGCGAGAACAACGGGGAGCCCAUUCUGGAUAACAACCAAUGCUCCUGUCACUGCCCUGCAGGCUAUGAAGGCCCAGCUUGUGAGCGCACUCAGCGUCCAGGCACCAAAGCCAAUGGCAACUGGGGGUGCUGGUCGUCCUGGUCCAGCUGCCAAUCUGGAACUCGUCAGAGAUCAAGGACAUGCAAUAAUCCACCACCUAAAAAUGGCGGCGCCUGGUGUGUUGGGAAGAGCGUGCAAAGCCAGUCUUGUUAA